AUGUUUAAAGGCUUGAUGAGGCGCUCGUCGUCCUCGUCGACUCCCGACGGGCGCAGCCAGUCCGGCUCCAAUGGCAAGAAGUCCAGCGGCAUCUGGCGCAAGAAAACAGAUUCCAAGUCCAAGGCUGCUCCACGCGGUGACGACCGUGAGCGUAGUCUAGGGGACUUGUCGGCUGAUCCGGCGCCGUCUUCGUCAGACCGUCGGAGCUAUGAGCCUAGUGUUGCCAGCGAGUCGGUCGCAGAGGUUGACCGCGAUGCACGGGGUGCGCGCAGACGUGAUCGCGAACGGUCUUCCAGUCCAGAAGCCGCGCCCAGGGGGCUGAAUGGGAAUCUGUCUCGAAGUCGGCAUGACAGCGCCAAUGAAGAGAGCAACCCGUGGAGAGGGCCACAGCGCUGGCCGCCUGGUGAUGUGUCUCUUCCCCCACUAGACACUGGCGCUGCACACACGACCUCUGAUCAAUUUGCUGCCGAUAUUGCCUCGGAUGGCUUUUCUCAAUUUCCUAUGCAAUACGAUAAUAAUCAUAAUUACGACUCCCCUAAUUACAAUAAUCCUGUUUCGAUUCCGCCUCUGCUAAUGCCAGGCCAAUCUGAUCCGUCUCCUACCUCGCCUGCCCCGUUCGACCCUCACGUCCCGCAGCAAUUCCCAGGCCAAUUCCCCACCCAUACUGCAGAGCCAUAUCGUCCGUACAACCCGGCCGGAGAGGCAGCAGAUUACUACGGUGACCAGGGGCAGUCGGUUCAGGACCAACCAGGUGUUCGUCCUAACCCGCCUCUGGUCAUUCCCAACAGCCAAGCACAUCUGAUGCCUGCUUCUCCGGUCGUCAACCCACCUCCAGAGCCUAGUAGUAUGGGACAACUUGGCUCCGCGGCGGAAUUCUAUGCUGAAUCUCCAGACGUGGAUAAUCCGGUUCCCCAACAACAACCGCCCCCGGAACCUUCCAAGCCCUCAAAGCCAAACAAACCUUCUGCUGCCCCUGCCGGUAUUCCUAGCGGCCCGCCCAGCCAUGACACUCCAGGCUCUUCUGUGCCGCCUGAAGAACCUGGAUUGGCCGGUAUCCAGCCUGUGGGACACACUCAAAACAGCCCUACUCAAUCUCAUAGCAUGGGCCCCACCAUCGGAGCGGCAUUAGGUGCAGCAGCGGUGGGAUACAUGGCGAAUCACCAUCAUAACUCAUCUGCGACGAGUUCUGAGCAUCCUUCGCCAUCCUCGUACACGCAGAACCAUGAGCCCCACUCUCCCAUAGGUCAGCCAGGUCCAGCCAUAUAUCCGAAUCCCGCCUUGAAUAACCCGAACUACGCUUCCAAUCCGAGUCACCCAGAUCAUCAAGCCGUUUAUCACUCGUCUCCGUUCCAAUCAGGUGGUUUGGCAUUUCAACAGCGUCAGCGAGGCGCCUUGGACAAGUUUAUGGACUUCUGGAAGGAUCAUGAGGGUGUUGGCAUGUACGAGGAUUACACAGAAGCCAUUGGGGUCUGCAAGUACUGCUUUGAGCCAGGUACCACCUCGAAAGACGCCCCGCGGAAGCAUAAUUACCGACCGCGCCGUCGCUCUUCAGAUCGCUUCAGCAAUGAUUCCAGGGUGAACAAGUCAAGUCGCUAUUCGUCUCCAUCAGACGACGAAUCUCGACGACGCGGAAGCUCAUCCAAGAAAUCUUGGUUUGGCGGUUUACUCUCUGGAUACGCGGUUAAAUCCCUGUUCGAGAGCCCGGAUUUCGAGGAUUCGUACAAUGUUCGACCCAGCCGAGUCAGUAGUCCACGAUCUUCAUUUUCCUCUGACAGUGAAAGCGAUUCAGACCACAAGAGCAAGCCUUCCCAUCGCCGCAGGCGUUCUUCUCUCAGUCAAUCACCAGGCGGUGGCAGGCGCAACUCCUAUUCGGAUCCGAGAAGGAGCAGAUACGAAGGACCACGUUUGCGAUCACGAUCACGAUCUGGUUCCAAUUCUCGGUCUGGGUCCUCGUCCCGGUCUAAUUCCGCCCUUCGUGAUUUUGCCCUCGGAGCUGCGGUUGGUUCUGUUGCCUCAGCCGCCACGUCCCGCUCUCAGAAGAAGCGCAGUCGCUCCCCGAAGAGGAAAGGCAAAGGUCGAAAGGAAUCGACUACGGAGGAAUCUUCGUCUUCUUCCUACCUCGAUAUCUCAAGACCAACUACCGCGGGGAGCUUGGGAUCAUUCUUCAAUACCCCUUCUGAGAACAAGAAAAAGCCUAGGCCCAAAUCGCGAAAGGGUUUCUUCCCGUUUAGCAAUAACAAUUCUUCCUCUUCGUCCUUGGAUGAUGAUCUUGCAUUUGGAUCGGCAUAUACAAAAAAGCCCAAGAAGCCGAAGAAGGGAAAAGGAAAGAAGAAAGAUGAGGACGUAAAUGCGAAACUCCUCGAGCUGGGUGCCUUGGCCACGGUAUUGGCUGGCUCCACCCAAGGCCGUCGGUCUGGUGAGAUUCUCGCCGGCAGGGCUUCGCGUCGGCCUCAGAGCGCUCCGUCCGCCCCCGAGGAUGACGAAUGGCAAGAUUGCUCGGAAGGACAGGAAUCUAGCGUUAGUUCCGCGCUGGCAUUUGGCGGCAGCAGCAGCAGCGAAGAUUCAUCCGACUCGGGGACAUCAAAGUGGAACUGGGGGUGGGGAAGCAAGAAGGACAAGAAAAAGAAUGAGCAGAGAAGGGACAGCCCCUCUCACAGUGAGUUCCCCACUGGCUCUAUUCUCGCUGGCGCUGCUCUUGGAACGGCUGCGUUAGCUUCAGGUUAUCGUAAAGAAGGGGAACACUUUUCCAGCCCCAGCAGCAGCAGUUCCGAAAGUUUACAACAUCUGGAUCCCGUCCCUGCCUCAGAUCCCCCGCAGUUCAAUACUGGUAGCUUCCCGCAGUCACCUCCCGUCAAGGAGCCUGCUUUUAUUCCCACCGGACCGAUUCCGCUUCAACAACCACAACCUGUAACACCGGUUUCGCAGGCCGUCUACUCAUCUCAGGGGGAGCCAGUUCCAGUGUACAAUGCCCCCACCGUUCCUCCGUUCUUUCCACCAGACGCUUUUUACGACCCCGGGUCUGGGAGACAGGUUUAUCCGCAACGUAGCGAUGUGUCUACGAACUGGAACCGCACUCAUCGACGACGGGAGUCAUCCCCCGACUUCUAUCCCGGACCGUUCCAAGACUUUACAACCCCUAGCUACAAACGUCGCCCGGCGGACCAAGCGUCAGUCCAGUUCGACCUAACUGAGGAACAAGAAGACAAGGAGCGCCGUGCCGCUCGCCGCGGAAGAGAAAGACGUGACAGCGACCGCGAUCAAGGCAUCCAAAUUCGUGACCAUGAAAGCGAAGAGGAGAAUCGGAAACCACGUCGCCUGGAACGUCUGGAACUGGAGCCCGAGCGGGGAAGGAGUCGGUCCCGUUCUCGAUCAUCAACUCGCAGGGACCGCUCUCCGGACCGUCGUCGGCGGGGCAAUGAUGAUUCAUCAUCCUGGGUCGGCCCUGCUGCCGCUGGUGCGAUAGGAGCUGCGACUGCAGCUGCGGCCAUGUCUAGCAGGGCGCCGAGUGAGAGUGCUUCGGAGAGUAGCCAGCGUCACAAGGAGCGUAGUGCAAAGCGUCGUGCUGACCGACGUCUUCCCUCUUCGGAGGUGGGAUGGGGUCAGAGCAGCGUGGAGCCUGCUCGUGCUGACAUUGAUGAAAGGCCACAGCCACGACCAGAGCCUGCUCGUGUUGAGCCCAAGGAGGAGCCUCGAACACAGCCGGAGCCUGCCGAUGUUGAUAUUGAAGAUGAAUCGCAGAUAGCAACGGAGGAUCAACCGAGACAUGACAGGAACUCAGCCUCCAGGGUCCCAAGCACGAAGUCUACGCACGAAAGCUACGCGACGUUCUUUUCCCCCGAGGGAAUCGGCCAUAGCCCUGAUGCACAAACGGGGCGUCGAGAUAAGGCCUCAAUAUCUACGAUACCUAGAGAUGAGCCAGAAUCUCCAUCCCAGCAAGAUAUCGAGCCUCCGUCCCAAUAUCUUCAAGGACACCCCUGGUCCAUUCCCCGAUUGAAUCUCAUCGAGCCCACUCCUCCUCAUAGCCAAAACGGGUCGGUAAGAGACAUCGCAUCUCCGGAUCCGGCCGCUGCAGAACCCUCUCAUAAGGAAGAAGCAGAAGCACGUCGUCAUGAGCAAGGAUCGACUACUGGCUCCCGCGUGACAUGGGGUGGAAACGAAACCCGUGAAUACGAAGUCCCCGAGACAUCUUCUGAGCAAGACUCUGUUGAUUACGAGAUUGCUCACGAACACGAACCCGAUGACAUGCAAAAAGAUUCUAUUGAUCAUGGCACGGCUCGGGACAUGCAAAGGGGUUCUAUCCAACAGGAAAUCGAGUUUGCAGCUAUCCUUAAUGCUACCACCAAGGAUGCAGGCUUCGAUCCGGCAAUCUUGCCUGCUGAUACCUACUACGAUACGCGCUCGUCGUCACCGCAGGCUGAACAUCACGAAUUUUCGGAACCUGAACCCUCUUUGCAGAAACAUGAGCCUCAUGGGGCUGGCCAGGAUGAGGCUCAGACGCCUCCGCGCGAGGAAAGGAAACCAGAGGCUAUGGAUGCACCUGAGGUCAAGCGGCACAGAGAUGCCAUUGAACGCUUCAAUGCAUCCAAGGCCAAAGAGAUCAUGCCUGGUAGCUUCGACGAAGAGCCAGUGCAGCCAACCGAAGACCCUUCUCGCCCAGUUGCCGAAGGAAAGCGCCCUAAAGACAACGACAGACCACCCAGGAGACGCUCAAAUCGGGACAGUGCUCGUGAUGACCCGAGGAAGACUGCUAUUGAUGUUUCCCGGCCGGAGCCAAUCCGCGAGGAGCCUCAAAGCGAAAAGAAACAGGGGCCAGUAAACAACGACGUUCCCUCUAAAGAGGAGCAGAACGUCAAUGUUCCAGGAGAGUUCGCACCGACUGUACUUGCUGCUUUCCCGCCACAGCCAAUUGGCGAGCAACCCCGAGGCAAAGGUGAACGGGAGCCAGUGAGGAAUGAGAGUCCCUGGGAAGAUUACCACCAAUCAGAAACUCCCAGGGAGACUGAACGUUCAGUUUCCCCGCCAUCGCCAAGCAGCGGCUACCGCAUGAGCCAGGACGAUCUAAACAAAAGUGAGCUCGUUCUCGGAGAAAUUCCCAGGGAGACUGAACGUCCAGUUUCCCCGCCAUCGCCAGGCAGCGGCUACCGCAUGAGCCAGGACGAUCUAAACAAAAGCGAGCUCGUUCCCGGAGAAAUUCCCAGGACUCCUUCGCCAAGCGGGUACCGCUUGAGCCAGGACGAUCUGAGCAAAAGUGAACUUGUUGUGGGGGAAAUUCCCAGGGCCCCUUCUCCAACAGGCUACCACUUGAGCCAGGACGAUCUGAGCAAAAGUGAACUUGUUGUGGGGGAAAUUCCCAGGGCCCCUUCUCCAACAGGCUACCGCUUGAGCCAGGACGACUUGAGCAGAAGCGAAUUUGUUUUGGAGGAUAACCGCAAACCCGUGCCUUCAAGGGAAAGAGAAGCCGCUCCUGCAGUUUCCAGGUUGCCGUUACGACGGGGGCGCCGAAGCCAAGACAAAUUGCACUCAAAGAAUGACAAUGUUGCUUCGUCAGAAAAGGGACCCAAGGACGCUGUGUGCGCGGUCUCAGUUCCGGAGUCAGCCAGGCAGGAGCGCCGGAGUCAAGAUCAGUCGCACAGAACGAACGACUCGCUCCCCGCAGGCCCCAAUCCUAAGGAGGCCAACGAGGACCAUCCAAAACCGGCAUGGGCUUCGAAAAGUGACAACCCUGACUCCCGUGAGCGUGGCCAGUUCACAUCUCAGCAGCAACAGCAGCGCUCUCAGCGAUCUGAGACGACCACGCGACAGGGCCCCAAAGAACCGUCACCUGCUGUCACAUCCCGUGAGCAACCUAGCGAGGAAUACAAGGGGAAGGAUGAGCGGGAUGUCGCUCCGGAUGAAGGUCGCAAAGCCAGAGGCCCCAAGGACACUUCUCCUGCACCGCGGCCGUUGAUUUGGAACGAGCCCCGAAGCGAGGAUGGGCCAGCUCCUGUAGUCACGGGUGAUGCUGCCUUGGAGAACAAGCCUCAACCCAGAACCUUUGAGGAAACGCUUUCGGAUGAACUCGUGCUAGCGCCAGACGGCGAGGACCGCCGGCGUAGAGAUGAACCAGAUUCGAAUGACGACAAUGUGCCGGAGAAUGGCCAAGGAAAUAGGGACGAAGAAGACAUCAACGUGCAAAGGUACAGAUUUUCUCGUCAGCAGAGAGAGGAAAGACGCCGGAGAGAAGAAGAAAGACGACGCCAGGAGGCUGAAGGAAUUGCGAGUCCUAAUGGUAGAGAGGAGGAGUAUGAGAAGGCCCGCAAGGAUGCCGAAGAGCAUGAACCUGCGCGUUCUCUCGAGUCGCCAGUAAAGAUAGACGAUACAAAAGACAACACGGAGGACUCGAGACUUCCCUUCCCCCUAAGCGUGCCUGAUUCCCGACUCAGGAGCCGUUCAAUAUCCCCUCCUGGUUCAGCGAAGGCCAUCUUUGAUGUGGGCCCGAAAUCCCGAAGUAGGCCUACCUCGCCGGAAUUGAAUCAGCAGAGACAAUCGCUGCAAGCCAACGAUGGCGACCGGUCACGUCGACUUUCCAUGCUGGACUCCCCCACAGCCAUUCCCCUGCAAUUCCGUCGUCCGCCCUCCACAUCACCUACAGGCCGUCGCUCACCAUCUGUUGGUUCUCCCGAGCCCCCGGUUAUGUCACUCAGCUCUCCGCCUGAGAGACGCGCUCGCCGAAGAUCAAUGGAGUUUGUGAACUCGCGCGAAAUCAUGCCUUUGUUCCUUGUCGAGCAGAAUGGACAGCACCAGCACCAUACCGAGGAGCAGCUUCCAUCAUUGCCGUCGAGUAAGAGUUCGUCGAGGAAUACGUCGCCGGUGGAGGACUUGAGGGCAGCGCCGUAUGAGAAGGGCUUGGAGGUGGUUGAACCAACCCAGGAUGGUCAGAUUGAAGAGCAGUCUCAGUCUGAACCUUGUACCGUGAUCCCUUCUCAAGAACCCGCCCUGAGCCAAGAAGAGCAACCCAAGGCUGAUCUCUCAAUCCCUGCUCAAGUCUCUGCUGAGUUGGAAAAAGAGGCGGAGAAGGAAAUCAGCAGAGAUGCGGAAGCCCAAGAACCAAUCGACGAGCCGUUUCCGCCCCUUCCGUCCAGCCAUGGUUCCCUUAACGCAUCGGUAGAAAACCUGAGUGCUGUCCCCGAUACGCAAGGGUGGAAGGUGCUCGACCUGACUCACGAUGUCCACUCCAAGAAGCUCGAGCUUGGUCUCACAACUCCUCAGGAACGCACUGGCGAAGAAAAGAUGGAGAAGAAAGAACAGGCUGAAAAAGAAAGCGAGAAGAUGGAGGUCCACGAACCAAUUGAUGGGCCACUUCCAGCACUCCCGUCCAGCCAUGGUUCACUCAACGCGUCGGUAGAGGACCUGGGCACUGUUCCCAAUGAGCAAACCCGGGACACCGUCAACUUUACCGAAGAUAUCCACCCUAAUGAGGUCAAGUCUAGUUCCUCAACGCCUUCUCGAGAACGCAUUGGCGAGGAAUACCAGAAGGGGAAGGACGAGAGCGAGAGGGACAUUCAAAAGGUGGAAGUCCAAGCACCAAUUGAUGAGCAAUUUCCACCGCUGCCAUCGAGCCAUGGUUCACUCAACGCGUCGGUAGAGGAUCUGAGUGCCGUUCCCGAUGAUCAAAGCCAGAACCCAGUAGAUUUAAGCCGAGAUGUCCAGCCUGAGCCUUCGGUCUCGACGCCCGCUCUCCAGUCCGAGGAUGAACAUCAACCCGGACCUUCAAUCACAAUUCCUUCUCAGGAACACUUUGGCGGUGACGAGGCGGAGAAGGGUUUUAGCGAAAAGGCAGAGACCCAAGAACCAAUCGACGAGCAACUCCCGCCACUUCCGUCAAGCAAAGGCUCAUCGUUGAACGCGUCAGUUGAACACCUCGCCCCAAGCGAGGAAGACUGGAAUCAGGUAGAUCUGACGCAAGGUGUUCAGGAGGAGCAGCCUGAGUUUGGUCUUCCUUUCCAGGAAACUGUUGGCGAUGACGGGGUGAAUGAGAAGGAAAUGGCAAAUGUCCCGGAACCAAUCAACGAGCAACUUCCACCACUUCCAUCAAGUAACGACUCAUCCCUCAAUGCGUCGGUAGAGGACCUGGGUGUUCUUUCUAGUGAGGACAGCUGGAACAUGAUGAACCAGCCUGACGGGCAAUUAAAGCCUGUUUUCUCAACAACAUUCCCUUCUCAGGAGCCCAUUCUAGACCGAGAUUCACAGCCUGAGGAGAAACCCGAGCUUGAGCUCUCCGUUACGUCCCUCAAUGAACCUGCUCUGAAUCAAGACGCUCAAUUUGAGGGCCAGCCCGAGUCUGGCUUCUCCAUCACGGUCCCUUCUCAGGAACCUGCCCUGCAUGAGACCCAGCCAGAGGAUCACCACCAACCUGAUCUGCUCCCUUCUGAGGAGCCUGCUUUUAACCACCCUGAAGACAAGCCCAAGCCUGAGCUCACAAUCAAAUUUCCCUCCCAGGAGCCUCUUUUGAAUGAAGAGUCCCAGCCACAGGAGCAGUUCACGCCUCAUUCUCUGGAGCCCAUUCUGGAAGAGGCCGAGGACGAAAUCCAGCCUGACACAUCGACCACAAUUUCUUCUCAACCCGAUCUGAACCGAGACAUCCAUCUCAAUGACGCGUUCCAAUCUGAUCCCUCGAACAUGAUUCCUCAGAGAUCCAGUGAGGAUGGCAACCCGGAGAAGGCCAAGGAGAUCGAAAAGGCCCUGCCAGACUCUCAGCAAGAACCGCUCGUCAAAGGGACAACCUACAGGGAUUCUAUUUCACCUGAAGCGAGGGAAAAAGACACGAGCGACUGGGAGGUGGUAGAGACGAUUCAAAAUGCUCUGCCGGAGCAGCAGGUUGAGCCGGAAUUCCCCAAAACAGCUCCUUCUCGGCAACCUCCACUGAGCCAAGACGUCCAGCCUGAUCAACCGCGCGAUCUUUCUGUCGCACCUCCUCAGGAAGCGGCUGGCGAGGAAGAGCCGGAGGGAAAGGGGAAGGAGAAAGCUAUGACUUCCUCAGACGCUCAGCAGGAAGAACCCACCGAAGCGAGAGUCAAGAAAGAUUCUCCUCCGCCUUACGACAAACAUCAGGAAGACGAAGUGGUAAACCCUACGCAAGAUGUCCAGAUCGAGCCACAACGAAAGCCCAGUCUCUCCGUUGCAAUUCCUUCCCAAGAACCCGAGGACGAACUGGAGGAGAAGUACGCAAAGGCGAGAGAAAAGGACAUAGACUUCCACGAGUUCGACACAAUCGACGAAGAAUGGACCGCGUCCGAGAUUAUGAGGGAGAGAGAAAAGCACAAGCAUGAAUUCGACAUCCACUCUCCCGCUGAACUCCUCUGGGAUCCUCACAAGUAUUUCAUCAUGCCUCGGUCGUUUGGAGGGAUGGGGUCUCGUUCAUUCGGUGGGAGUCUAGCACCUAGGCCCUAUGAGCCGCCGAAGAUCCAGGAUGAUGACAUCGAUAUCUCUGACGCGGACGAGGACCAUUUUCCUCCCGAGUCGGGACCUUCUGAUCUGCCAGAGAAGGAAAGUUCUGCCCCAGAGCCGACGGAUAUGACAGCACCAACGCAGAAAGAGAAGUUUGAGAACUUAAAGGACUUUGCUGGAGUUGAUGCUGGAGAAGAGCAACCGAUCCCUGAAACUCGGUCUCCACAGAUUAGGGAGGACAAAGCGGUCGUUCCUGACAUCGAGGUUACGCCACCAGUAAAGAAUAAAAUUGUCCCUACGGUUCCUGUCACUAUACCCAAGGAGGAGCAGGCACCAUCGACUCCUGGCUUCGGUGGCGUCGUUGCAGCUGUUGCUGCGGCAGUCGAUACAAGAGAAAGCCAGCCCGACCCGGAGGCUCAGACCGAUGUCAAGGAGGACAAGCCAGUCGUUCCUGAUAUUGAAGUCACGCCAGCAGCCAAGGACGAGACUGCUUCUGAUAUUGCACCGACUCCAGCGUCCAAAGAGGAGCAAACGCGAUCGAAUUUUCCUACUGAAUCUGCAGCAAUCGUUGAUGCUGCGCUCGCAGCUGCUACGGGCUCUACGAAUGACAAGCCUGUCCCUGAGGAGGGAGUUGCGAGAGAUUUACGAGAGGGUGAUUUGAGCCCACCCGCGGAGCAGUCUACUGCUUUUCUGGACGGAAGCCAGCAAUCGGAGGAUGGGCAAGAGCCUUACCGCACUUUGUCCCCUAUAAUAGAAGAACCAGACCUGGAAUCCGAAAGGUCGCAAAGUGUGGAUCUGGCGCAUGAUGAGCAUACAGAUCCCCAAGAAAGUGAGAAGACGGAGUCAGAAGUACCCGCUGCUGAAGACAUGCCUGUGUCACGGGCUCCAAUUGGCGAACAACUCCCUGUACCCGAGAUGGAAUCGACAGCCAUCGCGUCAGAAACUGAACGCGUCCUCGGUGCCACCGCCGAAAAUGAGCAUAAUACUGUUGAAGUGAGCCAGGAGGCCCAGCCAAGCGAUGAGGCCCAGAGCGUAACGACGGAGACCGCGACUUCUCGAGACGGGUAUGCCGAGUCAACCCAGGAUUCCGGUACUGAUUUCUGGGACGCUGUUGAAAAGCAUGAUGGAGAGGGAAGCAUCGCUUCGUCACUCGAGCGUCCAAUUGAUGUGUCGGGACCACCCACUCCACGCGAGUGGAGGACCGAAACAUCUUUCGAACCGGAAGUGCCUGCUCAAGAUGUUCAGGUUAGCCCCGUUGAAGAGUUUUCGAGAUCUACUCCUGUCGAGGAGGAAAGGCAAGAUGCUGGUACGCCAAAACCGGGCAAUCAGCUCGUCGAGAGGAUAGGAAGCACACAAGCUCCGAUUGAGGCUCAGAACACAAAUUCCCAGUCUGACAUUGCCCGCGACGAGCCGCAGGGAGAAAUUGAGCCCACGGUGGCUGAUAGCGAGCAGUUACUGGGUGAAUUUCCCGAACAGACUGGGCAACCUAUCGCAAAUGAACCCAAGAGUCUCGUGAAAUCUGCGUUGGAGGUAACCCCAGAGGUGGCCGCGGAUAUCGAAACGCCUGCCAAUGCGACCGAAAAGUUUCCUCAAGCAAGAUCAAAGGAGGAGUACGAAAAGGAUAGGUUUGUUUCUUCCUUAGAGUCCGUGACAGAGACAGAAGCCGAACACUCGCAAUCGGCUGAUGCUGCGGCGGGGGCGGGGACAUUCGAAACAAGCGGUGAGGUCCCAGCCACUGAUGCACGCCGUCAGAGCCCCGAACCUGCGGGUGCUCAAGACGUUGAACCGGUACCCGUAGCAAGCGAAAAUGUGCCAAUUACGCCUGUGGAGAAAUCGGAGUCCAAUAUUGCCGCACCAGGGCCGUUGUCGCUCGAAGCCAAACAGACACCUGCGUCUGCACCUCUAUUGGAGCCAGGAACUACACAGGAAGACAAACAAGAUGUGGAGGGCAGCGGAGAAGAAAGCAAACAUGGUUCCCCCUCGACCACUCUCGACGAAGCUGCGUCUAUCGAACUGCCAUCAUCCCCCCACGCAGAAGUCGCAGAUGUGAACAUCCCCGCUGUCACUUCUCACACAUUACCAUCCUCCGUCACACCAGCCGAAGAGCCAAGCCAGGAACAACUGAUUGAAAGAGAGAUGCCUCACUUCAUAGCAGAAAACGAGAGCGUUGCUGGUGCUGACGCCCCAUUGACGCCGGCCCAAAAGAAGAAGGCUAAGAAAGAGAGAAGAAAGAAGCGCCGCUCUACAUCGCUCGAUGAAUCUGUCCCAGCGAUUCCGCAAGAUGAGACUGCUUCGAUAGACGACAUCACUCCUGUUAAGGCACCUUCGGUCGAGAAAGACAGCGAUAUCGCCCAUGAGCCGACCGAAGACAUUGCAGAACAGCCCAGAGAUGACGUCCCGCCCGCAGAUAUGGAGCGUACAGAAGCCCCCGAGACAAGCGUUGAACAAGAACCUCCUCAAAGCGAUGCACCUUCUCAGCCGGAAACUACUAGUGUGCAGGAGCCUGUCGUGGAAGUGGAGCCCACUCAAGAAAAAGCCCAAGACGACAUUGCACCUACCGUGCGGACCCCUGGUACAACUGGCGAGCCAAUCGUAACAGAGUCAAAGCCUGCUGAGAAAGAGCGCGAUAUUACCGCCAGCGUGGAGCCUGUUUCGACAAACCCAGACCACGUCGAGGAAGCACCAAAGGAAGAUCAGGUUGUGGGUACCAAUGUCACUGCUCCUGCCCAAGAUCCAACUGCGACUGAACUGAGUCCCACAAAAGAUGUGCCACAAGAUGACCCGGUGCACGCCCAAGACCAACCUCCAAACGCCGCGACAACUUUCCAGGAGCUAUCAAGUCUCGAGAAGGCCAAUGAGGAGGCACCAGGCACUGAACCGCCAAGUCGCACGAACUCGAAGAAGAACAAGAAGAAGCACCGUCGCUCGGCCUCGUCAGAAGUCGAGCAGCCUGCUCCUGCUGAGAACGUGACUGAUGCCCCUUCCAUUGAAAUACCUGCCGCACCUGCCGCCUCAGAAGAAGCAACCAAAGAGAAGGCCGUCGAGAGUCCAGUGACUGAAACCCAAGAGCACCUUGGCCCCAUCAUGUCUAAAAAACAGGCUAAGAAGGAACGGAAGAAACGCAGGUCAAUGAUCUUCAGCAUGGGGCAAUCACCUGAUGAGCCUCCUGUGGAGUCCGCUCAGCCAAAUGCUGUACACGAAACGCCUGUUCAAGAGCUGCAACAGCAGCAGCCGGACAAUAAUUCUGCUGUGAAAUCAAGCCAAACGAUCCCUGAUAGCGCCAGCGCGGAAGGAUUCAAGAUCGUCGACGCACCUGCGGACACUCCGAUUGAGUCCGUAACUCCAGAUUUUCAAGGACAGGUAAAGGUGGAGGAGCCACGAGAGGCUCCGGCGCAGAAGAGUGAUGAGGCUAUUGCACAAGAAGCUCCGCAAGUCAACGAGAAGGAGGAGCUAAAGUCUGACCUGGAAACUCAACUGGACCACCCACAAAGUCAAUCUGAGGCCAGAUUCGAGCCUAAAGAGGCAGGAUUGCUCACCCCUACAUCGGAACCCACACUUCAUCCGGAACAGACAGAUGCCGAAGACUUGCCUGGUAAUGCAAAGAAAAAAGCCAGGAACCACAGAAGACGCCGGUCCAGAAUUCUCGAGCAGCUCGCCGAAGCCGAAGCUGAGAGAGAGCGAGAGCGAGCUCAACAAGCUUUGUCCGAAGGAAAUCCCACGGGAAUAUUGCCUGUGACAGAGUCCAAGCCUACUGCACCUGCUGCGGAUUCCGACCUGUGGACUGAUCCUUCAAUUUCCUCGCAGAUAGAACAAGGUCGAGAAGUCCCUUUCGCUUCUCCUUCCUCGGAACAGGUUGAUGACAACCAGUUAGUACCUGCUCUGAACGAAGAGCCUCGUGCCGAGUCAUCACCAGACGAACCUGAAGCUAUCGCUGGACCUAUCGAGAUGAACAAGGGCAUGGAGACUCAGGCAGGUUACGAUAGUCAAGUCCAGCCUGAAGAGCAACGCACACAGGUAUCAGCCUUCACUCCAGCAGACGAGGAACGCGAACUUGUUCCCGAAACGGCGCCCACCACGGAAGAGAAGACGAAAGAAUCUAGGCUUACAAGUCGAGAAACCGCGGAGCUUCCCUCUAUCCAGACAGAGAAAAGUGAAAGCCUUCUGGGUAUCGUUGGACCCAUCCCUGCGAAUGAACCAGCUGCCACUGUCGAUCUUGGUGAAGUUUCGGAGAAGCCAGCUUCGGAUGUUGUACCAAGCGAGCAAUCAUCCAGCAUCCAGGAGGAAUCGUGGAAUCCCCAGGAAACCGUCUUGGCACACGACUCUCCGACGGCCGAGCCGAGAGAAGAAUCUGCCCCUGCCACUCCAAGUCGUAAGAGGUCAAGGAAGGAAAAGAAACGAGCGAGGAAACGGACCAAAGAAAAACACGAGAGUCCAACUUCACCAGAAGGGAUUCUCUCAGAGUCUACCACCGCAUUUAUUGAACAGCCACCUCUUGUGAGCGAGCAGGUUGAGGAUACAAAACUGCCUCAGGGUGAUGAACAGGUAGAGGAUCCAAAGGUCAAGGUCGAGGAUUCAGAGACGGCAGGCGAAAAGGCUCUCCAGGAGCUUGUUGAGCAACCACACCGAAGGGAGCCUAUAGAACCAGUCGAAGGGCAACAUACUGCUCAGCCAUUGGAGGAUGAACAGCCGCUUACGCUAGAAAAGAGCAAGGAGGUACAAGAGGGACAGUCAGGAAAAUUUGGUGAGGAACAAGUAACAAUGCAAGAACCGAGGAGCAAUGACAAUGUCGAGGCUGUCAACGAAUCUCACGCAGGCAAGGCCUCCGAUUCUGCCUCGGAGUCCAGUACAUCUCGUCGGUUUAAAGGAGUGGCCAGCAUCUUCCCCAACUUGAAACGGGGAACAUUUCGACUACCUUCAAAGAGCCAGUCGGUAAAAGAUAGGGCCGAGGAUGAGACCACGGAACCCGAAGUGAGUCGCGGAUUCGAAAACGAAGACGUGACCCGGGUCUCGGAGGCACCUAUCACUUCGCAGGAGGGCCAGAGAGAGCGACUGUCUUCUGCUGAGCCAUUUGAGGACGAACCGUCGUUCCAGCUGUCUACGACAACUAAUCCUGAAACGACGAUUACGGAUGUCGCUAUUGAUGUCGAGGUAGAUGAGUACUACAAGGUUUCCAUUCUAUCAGAUGGGACGACAGGUGAAUCGCCAGCAAUUGAGAUUGAUCCAAUCUCAGGGGGUAGCGCCAAAAGUGCAGAACAGAGUCCCGAUAAUGAGUGGUCUGCACAUGGUCCUCCGUCCUCGGACGAGCAGUCAUCUACAGUUGUCGACUCGUCGCCAACAGCGGUAGAUACCAGUCGGGAAGUCAGUCCGUCGGGCCGGAGUCCAACGAAAACACCGUCACCAUCGCGAUCACUGGCUCCGUCACCUCCACUACCAGAACCACGAAAUCGCGUGGAGAUAACCGACGGAGCACGAACCACGGAUCGAAACGGGAAGCCCCGAUUGGAGAUCAAGCCUGUAGAGUCGCUGCGACCACGGACACCAAGGUCAACAUCUCCGAUCCGGAAGUACAUGGGCAAUGCAUGGGCGCGACAAGCAACCAAGAAGCAUGGCGAGUAUGAAGUUAUCAGACCUCCAGUUCGACAAAACAGCCUACCGGUCGCACGAAGGCCGCAAACACCGGAGCGCAAGCCGAUUCUGCGACCCAGCAGCAUGAGCAACUUCCAUGGCGCGCCAAAUAUGCAGCAAGCUCCUCACAGUCCGGAUGUUCCACGGUCGCUGCGUCGCAAGAGCAAAACGACUCGCGACAUGAGCGGUGAUUUGCGGGCGGCCAGUCGGGCAUUGCAGGAGGAAAAUGGGCCCCAGCCACCGCCCACCGACAUUAACAUCGAACGUAUCGCCUCGUCGUCCUCCUAUGAUCCCGUCACCGACAAGGGCAAGCGACCGAUACGCGGCAUGACGGACGUAUAUGAGGCUUGGGGCGAAACUCCCAGUUCCCCACGGUCGCCCAGCCGUCCACCUAGCGUCCGACAUCGCCGGAGUAUGCAACAUCUCCAACAACUCGAAUUUCGCUUAGAUCAAUUGAUUUCAGAGAAUCGACUGCUUACUGUUGAGCGUGAUGCCGCCGAAGACAAACUCAAAAAGACCACUGUCGCCCGUCGUAAGAGUGACCAGGCUCUUAACUCGCAAAAUACCGAUUUGCGAGAUAGAGCAGAGGAAGUCGAAGAAUUGAAGAAGUCCGUGGAGUGGUUUCAGAAGGAAGUCAAUCGGUUGACUGAAGAAAACGAGGAAUUGACGGGAGAGAAGGUCAACCUCGCCGCAGCCCACGAACGAGAACUCCAAGAAUUCCAGGAAUUCUCGGCCCGCGAAAUUGAGGAACUCAGGACGCAAUGCCGACAAGCGAUUACUGAUACACAAGACCGGAUACGAUGGGAGGUGGAUGAAAAGAACGCAGACCUACGCCGUCUACGCGAGGAACUCCAGCGGGAGCGGGAGGAGGUACAGAAAUUACAACAUAAAAUCGCAUCAGGUCUUGAUAAUGUUCUGGUCCUCCGUGAUGAUGAAUUCUUCAGAGCAGCCUGCCACAAUUUGUAUGUUCAUGUGCGGCAUUGGGUGAAACGCUUCUCCAAACAUUCCGACGACCUCAAGUACCUGAAAUUCGAUCAACUGCAAGAACAGAAAGCACGGAAAGAACGAUUGGAAGAAGACCCAAUAAUGGCUGCUCGAUUGGACGUCGAUAAACUGGACCGAUUGGAUGUCGACAAGCUGAUCGACCGAUUCGACAACACCAUUCUCGAUGGAUCCGACGUGGAAUCAUACUUGAAGGAUAGAGUCGGUCGUCGGGAUGUGUUCAUGUCCGUAACCAUGACAAUGAUGUGGAAGUUUAUCUUUGCGCCGUACAUGUUUGGCAUAGACAGUGAAAAACAACAAAAGCUAAACAGUCUCGAGGAACAACUCGCCGAGGCUGGGAAGCUUACUGCCGUCCAUCGCUGGCGGGCUACUACCUUAUCUCUGCUGUCUAAGAGCCCUUCGUUUGCCAAACAGCGUGAGAUUGAGAUCGAGGCCAUCAUGCAUGAAAUAUACGAUACCCUGGGAAGUAUCUGUCCGCCGCCGAAAGAAAAGAAAGAAGAGCUCCAUGAUUCUCUGCGCACCGUGCUGCAGCUCGCAGUCACUUUGUCCAUAGAGAUGCGCACCCAAUUGGAUGAAUACUACAUGGUCCGUCCUCUCCUGGCCGAGUUCGGCGCCAAUGGAGUUGUAACGCGACGCGUUCAUUUCAACAAAGCAUUGAUGAACGAACACAGUGCUCCCGACUCCGGGGCAGGUGAGGGUUCCGUGCGCUUGUUCUUAUUCCCACUCGUGGUGAAGGAGCACGAUGACAGGGAAGAGGACAAAGGCCCAGUGGUCAUCUAUCCCGCACAGGUGCUAGUUAAUCGACCGGCGGAGUUUUUUGUUGGAAGAUCGAGCAAGUCUCUGGACCGAAAAUCAUCGGUGAACAGCAGUGUUCCUUCGUUGGGAGCAUGA